GAGUAUUGACGUUCCCAACUUGUGAGCACUCUGUCAUUGGUCCCAUAUCAGCGAAGUGGAUCGACUUUUUUUUUGUUUGUAUAUUUAAUGUGCAUUCACUUCUUGUUUGAAAAGACGUCGCAUUCGGGUUUAUUCAAUAUACUGUCUAGCUUCACCUAAUCAGGAUCAUAAUAUUCAAUUGAGAUGUAUUCACAAAACCCAGGUUACCCACCACAAGGUGCAGGUGGAUACCCUCCACAAGGUGCAGGUGGAUACCCUCCACAAGGUGCAGGUGGAUAUCCACCACAAGCUGGAGCACCUGGUGGCCCUCCAGCUACCUUAUUUGAAGCUGUGGCAGGUUAUGAGAAAACUGUUUUCGGUCAGGGUUAUGCUCCUCCCCCACCUACUGCCCCUCCUAUGCCUGAGCAGUCACGUCCAGAUGAAGAAUUUGUUAGUGGUGCAGCAAUCACAUCAGAAGAGGCACAGGAAGCAAUGGAAAAUUUUGUAGCAUCACAGUGUUGUUAUGGUUCAAGCCCUGCAAAGGAAAUGGUGAUUCAAGAUAUUACACCUACCAGUGCUUAUCAUUAUAAGUUAACAACAUUCACAGAAUCAAGGCAAACUGCCUGGCAAUAUGAACCAUUUACAGGUCAAGUGGUGGAUGGCCCCCACAAUGGUCCAGCCCCUGGUCCAUGGAAUAUUAAUGUUCAACCAUCAAAAAUGUUCUCACCAACAAGCACUAAAGUUGAAGUUCCCCAUACUGCUUCAGUGAAGCAAUGUCAUGAGUGUUAUGGUGGAGGAUAUAAACAGUGUAAAACUUGCUUGGGAAGAGGUUGGAGCAAGUGCAACACGUGCAACGGUCAUGGCCAUGUUAAAGAUAACUUUGGCGAGGAGAAGCAAUGCACCUUUUGCUCAGGGGCUGGAGAGGGAAGGUGCUCCCCGUGCAAUGGUGGGGGAAGAAUCAAGUGUGAAGUUUGCCAAGGUCAUAGCAGACUGAAGACUUUCAUUCAGCUUACAGUUACAUGGAAAAAUCAUGAUUCAGAGAAAACAAUUGAAAGAACUCAGGGUGGCCCGAAGGAGAAAGUGAAAGAUGCCACAGGCUUACAAAUAUUCCAUCAACAGUUGCCCCGAGUCUGGCCAAUAACAACGUUCUUCGAUAAUGAAAUCAACAGCGCAUCCCAACAAUUUGUGAACGAACAUGCAACUUCCUGGCCCCAAGAGAGAAUUCUUAUGCAGAACCACAUUCUUCGUGCGAUUCCGGUUGCCGAAGUGUCCUACGUUUGGAAGGGCGACUCGUACCGUUUCUGGGUAUACGGUAAGGAGCCCCGACAGGUCUUCGCCCCGGAUUACCCCCAGCAGUGCUGUUGUGGUUGCGUCAUUCUGUGAGACUGGGAACGAAUUGUUUAGUUUAGAUUUUAUUGGACAUUUUAUCGUAGCUCUUUACACUGCACAAUAGUUAUUUAAUCCGCGCUUUAGUAAUCAAGAAAUCUGAAUUUUUAAUUUUCAAUCCACUUUC